GCGACGAUGUCAACGGGGAACGACGGUUCGACGGUAAGAUUCGGUCGGUGGUGUUGGUGCUGGCGAAGAAGAAGGCGGAAUAGCAUCGGUUCGAGCUCCUCCCUCUCCUCCUUUAUAUCCUUAAAAACGAUGUUAACCACUUUGACCGUCUUCCUCGCAAUAACGGCCUCGAUCGGUCGCGUUGACGCCGCCUCAAGGACGAAACAAGACGAUUCUUCAGGGUCUCGGGGUGGUGGUAGGACCUUAGGUGCUAGCAAGGACGGGGAAUCUGUGAUCGAAGAAGUCACUGCCAAACAACUCGAGAGAAUCCUUAACGAGAAGGAUUUUGUUGCGGUGUUUUGGUAUGCGAGAAGCUGUACGACAUGUGACAAAGUAUUAGCCGAAUUGGAAAAAAUAGAUGAUGACACGGACCACUUUGGAGUCGAUUUUGUCAAGAUCAACGAUAAAAGAGUUGCUAAACAGUAUGGAAUUAAAAAUUUUCCCGCUCUCACGUAUUUUCGUGAGAAAGAACCAAUUAUAUACGAUGGAGACUUGAUGGACGAAGAAAACGUUUUAGACUUUCUUACUAGUUUAGAGGCAAUGGAUUUACCAGAUCGGAUAGAAGAAGUCAAUGCAAAAAUUUUGGAUAAAAUCGUCGAAGAUACUGAAUUCGUAGCGGUUCUUUUCUGUCCGGAUACGCAGCGAUGUGCUGGCACCGGCUCUAACAAGCCAGACUGCAAAAAAUGCUUGAGGGCACUUCAAGAAUUGGAGAAUAUUGAUGACGAAGCUGAUCAAUUGGGUAUUGGUUUUGUCAAAAUUGCUGAUGAACAGCUUGCUGAAGAAUAUAAUCUCGGACCUUUACCGGCUCUCGUUUACUAUAGGCACCAAAUACCUAUUAUCUACGAACACGAAUUGAGCAGAGAGGAGGACGUAUUGGAAUGGCUAGUAGCAAAUAAAAGUACUGGCGAUGAAGAAGAUGUAAUCGAAGAUGUAACAGCUAAAACAUUGAACACUUUAAUUGGAAACAUCGACAACCUGGUCGUUUUAUUUUACGAUCACGGCGACGAGGAUUCGAUGCAAGUAUUGAACGAGCUUGAAAAGAUCGAUGACGAUUUGGACAAACAUGGGAUUCAAUUCGUUAAGAUUGACGAUGAAAAAGCAGCGAAGGAAUUUGGUUUAGAUUCUAUACCAGCGAUUGUUUAUUUUGAAAAACAAAUUCCAAAUGUUUAUGACGGUGACGUCGAAAACGAGGAUGAGAUUUUAGAAUGGUUAUUAUCGCAAUUAGAAAAAGAUGAGAUAGAAGAUGUUACCGAUGAGAUGUUAGAUCGUUUGAUAAAAGAUGGCAAAACUUUGGCUGUUCUUUUUUAUGAUAACAACGACCGGAAAUCACAAAGGAUUUUAAACGAAUUGGAGAACAUCGACGACGAAUGUGAUCAAUUUGGAAUUACCUUUGUGAAGAUCGAUAACGCUGAAGAAGCAAAGGAAUAUGGUAUCGAAAAAAUACCAAGUAUGCUCUAUUUCGAAAAAGGGAUACCAACGAUGUACGAGGGUAAUUUGGAGGACGAGGAGAAGGUAUUGAAAUGGUUGGAACAACAGCAGAAGAGUGAACAAAUAGAGGACAUCACCAACGAGAUGUUAGACAUGGUUAUUGAAAAAAUGCCGCACGUAGCCGUACUUUUUUAUGACAAAGAUCAAAAGAAAAGUAAGAACGUGCUUGGCGAAUUAGAAAACAUCGACGAUGAUUGUGAUCAACAUAACAUAGCUUUUGUUAAGAUUCAUGAUUUAGAUGAAGCCAAGGAAUAUGGUAUUGAAAACCUUCCAACUUUAGUUUUCUUCGAAAGAAGAAUACCUCACGUUUACGAAGGUGAUCUAAUGAACGAAGAUCAGUUAUUGGGAUGGCUCUUACAUCAGAAAAAACAUACUGAGAUUCCUGAAGUAACGGAUGAAAUGAUGGAAAAACUCAUUGAAACUUCACCAUACCUUGCUGUCCUUUUUUAUGACAAAGACGACAAGCAGGAUAUACGUAUUUUAAACGAAUUAGAAAAUAUCGACGAUGAACUCGAAAAGGAAGGCAUUGUUAUCAUUAGAAUGGAUAAUGAUGCAGAAGCGAAAGAGUAUGGUAUCGAUCAUCUUCCUACUUUAGUUUAUUUCGAAGAUAAGAUCCCAGCUAUUUAUGAAGGUGAUCUUCUCAACGAAGAUGAAGUUUUGGAAUGGUUGAUCGAACAAAAAAACACUGCCACGAUCGAAGAGGUCACGGAUGAAAUUCUGACCGAUCUCAUAAGCGAACACGAAUAUGUUGUGGUGUAUUUUAGUGGAAACUGCGACGAAGGCGAUAGCUGCGAUAACGUUCUUUUAGAAUUAGAAAAUAUCGAUGACGAGCUCGACGAAGCUGGUAUCAUUUUCGUGACAACGGAAGAUUUGCCCCUUGCCAAAAAAUAUGGUAUUAAAAGUUUUCCUACACUGGCUUUCUUCAGAAACAAAGAACCUUUGAUAUAUCCUGGCGAUCUUGGAGACGAGGACGAGGUGCUUUCCUGGAUCACUGACGAAAAUACACUAGAGAUACCAGGAAAGAUCGAGGAGGUUAAUUCCAAGCUGUUGGAAAAUAUUUUAGAUGAGAACGAUUAUGUUGUUGUUUUCUUUUAUAAGGAAGGUGACAAAAAGAGCCAAAAAAUUCUGCAAGAGUUAGAAAACAUUGACGACGAAUGCGAAGAAAAAAAUAUAGAUUUUGUUAAAAUAUCUGACGAAGGCAUUGAGAAGGAAUACGAUUUACCUGGGCUACCAGCUCUUGCAUUUUACAGGCACAAAUUUCGUCAAUUUUAUACAGGAGAUAUGAUGCACGAGGAAGCUAUUUUAGAUUGGGUUUUAGAUCUUCGUAGCUCUACGCCUGAUGUUAUCGAAAGCGCUGAUAGAAAAACAUUGCAAACGCUUAUUAACGACGUAGAACAUCUUGCUGUAUUUUUCUACGAUGACGAUUGCGAUACCUGCGCAGAAAUAUUGGAAGAAUUAGAAACGAUUGACGAUGAUACAGAUAAACACGGAAUUCAAUUCGUCAAAUCGAACGAUGCUAAAUUGGCAGCCGAGAUUGGUGUCUUCUCCUUUCCAGCUUUGAUUUACUACGAGACUGGUGUUCCAAUCAUGUAUGACGGUAAUCUUCUCGAUGAAGCUGAAGUUCUCGAUUGGAUGGUGAAACAGAAAACCGAUGAGAGCAUAGAGGAGAUUGAUCGAGAAACUCUAAUGAAGUAUAUUGAUACGAAGGAAUUUCUCGCAGUUAUAUUUUACAAAGAAGAAGAUCCAGAAAGUCCUCGAGUACUCAGACACAUUGAGUUGAUUGAUGACGAAGCUGCAGAGUAUGGAAUUAAAAUAGUUCGUAUGAAGGAUCGUUUAAUGGCCAAAAAAUAUGGUUAUAGAAACCCACCUGGUAUAACUUAUUUCCGAAAAGGCAAAAGUACUAAUUACGAUGGUGAUAUCGAUGACGAGGAAGAGAUCCUUGAUUGGUUGACCGACCCUGAUAAUAUGGAAUUAACGGAUCACAUUGAACGAAUAAACAAGAAGAUGUUUUAUAAAAUACGUCAAUCUACAGAUUACUUAGCUGUAUUUUUUUACAGCAACGAUUGUAAACAAUGUAGUAGAGUUCUGGCAGAAAUCGAGCAUAUCGACGACGAAGCUGAUAAUGCUGGAAUCAAAUUUGUAAAGAUUGACGACAAGGAACUCGCUAAACAUUACGGAGUAUUUGCGUUACCAGGGAUUCUUUUCUUCAAAAUGACAUCGAAAGAACCGGUGAUAUUUGCUGGUGAUCUAUAUGACGAAGAACAAAUUUUGCAAUGGUUAAUGACGCAAAAGGAUCCAUCAGGAGAGGCAAUCGAAGCUUUGGAUGGAGAAGAACUUCUCAAUUUAAUUCGAGAAUCCGAGUCCUUGGCAGUAUAUUUCUGGAACAGAACGCUUUGCGACAUGUGUCAAGCAAAAAUGCAUCGUAAGCAGACACGGCACAGGGAGCACAGGAUCAACGAACAUGAGACAACCGAGGAUGUUGACGACAUCGACAAUUGUGAACAAUGUAUGGGAAUCCUAGAAGAAUUAGAAAAUAUAGACGACGAUUGCGACAGACAUGGUAUUACUUUUAUAAAGACACAGGAUCACAAAGUAGCUGAGGAUUACGGCGUUACUGAUUUUCCAGUCCUUGUUUAUUUUGAAAAUCAAAUACCCAAUGUAUUCGAAGGUGACUUGUCCGUAGAAGAGGAAGUAUUGCAAUGGCUGAUCACACAAAAAACUGAAGAUCGUGUUGAAUUGAUAACUCGAAUAAUGUUGGAAGCCUUUGUUGAAGAAACACAGUAUCUUGCUGUUUAUUUCUAUAAACAAAACUGUCACAUAUGCGACGAAAUAUUAGAAGGUUUAGAAAGAGUCGACGAUGAAUGUGACGUCUUUGGUAUACACUUGGUCAAAAUUCAAGAUCCACAGCUAGCGAAAAGAUAUUCCAUUAAAACUUUUCCUGCUCUUGUUUAUUUUCGUAAUGGCAAUCCUCUUUUGUUCGAAGGUGAUCUGCAAAAUGAAGAGUCAGUCCUGGAAUGGUUAAUCGAUGAUGAUAAUCGAGAAUUGGCCGAUGAGAUUGAAUCUGUUAACGAAAGGAUGUUGGAGAGACUUCUGGAUGAGUCGCCAUUUUUAGCUGUCUUCUUUUAUGACGAAGAUUGUGCAGAAUGUGACGAAAUAAUGGAAUCAUUGGAGAAGAUUGAUGGCGAAGCUGAUCUUUUUGGCAUAGAUUUUGUAAAAAUAUCGAGUACCGAAACUGCGGAAAAAUAUAACAUUUUGAAUAUACCUUCUUUGGUAUAUUUUCGUAAAAGAACCCCUCUUAUUUACGACGGUGAUCUUACUCAAGAAGACAAAAUUUUACAAUGGCUUACUUCUCAAGACGUUUUUGAGAUAAAAAAUGAAAUCGAAGAAGUAAACAAAAAGAUGCUCGACAAGUUGCUAGAUGAAAAUGAAUUUCUGGCUGUCUUCUUUUAUGAAUAUAACAAUACAGAAAGCGAAGAAGUUCAUGAAAAAUUAGAAACGAUCGACGGAGAAACGGACAAUUUAGAUAUAACAUUCGUAAAAAUGGCAGAUCCAAGGUACGCUCGAAAAUGGGGUGUUACUAAGCUUCCGGCUAUCGUUUACUUCCGUAAACGUUUUCCCAGCAUUUACCGAGGUGACCUUCACAAAGAAGACGAAGUUCUAGAAUGGCUUCGUAAAAACAGAUAUCGUCAACCAGAAUUGAACAUCUACAUGUAUAUCCUGAUAGCCACUACACUGGUCUUUGGAAUGUACACUGGUUUCCUCCUUGUAUGUUUCCGAUCAGAACCAUCGACUUCAACGCCUCAUCCAAAGCAAGCUUGAAAAAUGUAUCUCGUUGAUACCUGAAAAGAAUUUACAAAAAAAUGAUUAAGCCGACGAGUAAAAACAAUAAGUAAGAAGAGAUCAUUUAGAAAGCGUUUAGGGGAGAAAGAGAGAGAGAGAAAGAAAAUAAAUGAAUGAGAGAGCGAAUGAAUAAACAAAUGUAAGAAUGAUACAAACUUGUAAAACCUAUAAUGAACGAAUUUGUGAAUGUAUGAAUUGAUAUGUUGAAUGAUGAAUGCUCACUUUUUCUUCCAAAUCAAAACGUUCAAUUUCUCUCGACUCGAUAAUAACAAAAAUACUAAUAUCAUUAGAAUAAGAUCGAUGCUCUCUCCAUGUUCCGGUGAUAUCGAUUAUAGUUUCACCGAUGUAUUUGCCCUGCUAAGAAUUUCCAUCUAAUAAUGAAUGCAUCUCAAUCAUUGAUAUAGCAUAUAAGAAAAGCAUUAUGAAUUAUUUUGUAGAUUGUUCAGUACAGAUAACGUAAUGUACAUUUAACGUAAAAAACGAGACCUUUCCAAGAAAAUUAAAUAAUGUGGACCACUGGAACAUUCCUAAGAAAAGAAAAAACAAGAAUGAAUAAUACAAUUGAGCUGGUGAUUAUACAAAUUUUCUAAUCCAAUGAAGAUUUUAAAAGGCAUAUUUUGUCUCGCGUGCUAACUUAAAAUGUUAAUAUUACAUAAAAUAAUGCUUCAAAAAUACUUCCUUUUUUUCGUUAGGUCGUUUGGUUUGAGAAAAAUAAUUUUAAAAUUAUUCAAACCUGCAAAUGAGUAAAGAUAUUUCACAACGAAAAAUAUGACUUACAAAUAGACUAUGUUCAUAAUCACCAGACCUCAAUUAUGCUUUUGCGUACUUACAAUUUUUUUUUACUUACUCUAACAUUUGAUGAAAAAAUUCUUUGAAUUUAUUUUAUUUGUGUUUUGUUAAUUUACUUAACUAUUAAACAUGCUCUGCAAGAAUAUUUGUUAUAAUCAGACUCCGUUAUUUUAUUGUUACAGAGAAAAUUUUUGGCAGGGUAUAUAUGUGGACCAAAUGUAUCGUAUCUUGAACACGGUUUAGACCUUUAAACAAAGAUCAUAGUAUAAGAACAAAGCAAAAAAUGGUUAUUUAUUUAUCGAUGUAAACGAGAGUAUAAGGACAAAAAAGAUGAAUAUGCGUGCGCGUUAAAUAAAGAUUAUCCUUUUGUUUCGUUUAACUGUAUAACAGAGCUACAGGAAUACAGGGUUUGCAUGAAGUACGGUAAUUCUUCCAAAUGUCCACGUUGCACAAAGACUAUAUAUGUAUAUUGCUUUGAAGAGAAACUAACAAAGUUUCUUCUUUUUUCAUAUUUGCAUAAUGCUGUUCAUGCAACCCAGAUUGCACAGAUGCACUAAGCGCUGGAUCGGUUGGCAAUCUAGGUUAAAGUCGUCUGAUUUAAUUCUGCGUAAUUUCUUCUUACGGAUAUGUUUAGGGAACGGUAUGGCAAAGUAGUUGGAUAACCAUGUGAAUAUCAGCUAUAUUACACGCGAUUCCUGCACCGAAUCUUUAUAAUGUGAUGUGAUGUGAUACGAUAUAAUGUGCUACAAAUUUUGCAAGUUUAUCUUCUAAAUGAUAUCGUGUGAAAUCGUUGUGCAAUGGACCAUUUAAAGUAUUACCGAACUUAAGGCCUUAUAUACGUCUAGCAGCGCCAAAUAUGCCUUAAAAGAAAAAAAUUUUUUAGCAGGGAUAACAAUAGAAAUUAAUAAAAAUA